CUGCAUCAUAAGGGUCACGUGACACAGCCAUUUCCUGCAGGGAGCUUUGUCUGCAUUUCCUGUUGGAAAAACAUCGAUUAAAUCCAGAUUUUACGUUCACUACGCAAAGUAUUAGUCUUGUUUACUACUUGGAAUAUUGGCCAGUAAUUAGAUAUAUAAAUCUGUGAGGAGUUAAAAUGAAGCUAACAAGACGACGGACUGCAAGUGGUGGGUCCAGCGGGUCGAGUCCAAAGAAAGUGAAGCUGGAGGCUGAAGAGGCUUCUGAGGAGGUAGAGACUGCACAGCAUUCUAAUAUUAUCAUGGAUGAUGGGACAGUGUUGCAAGUGGAAGAGGUUACAGAAGAAGAAGAAGUUACUAAUGAUGAUCAGGCCAAAACAACAGACGAAGAUGAUACCUCAAACCUUCAAAAUGAAGAAGCUAAUGUUCAAUUGGAGGAAGGUGUUGAAGUCAAUGAAGGAGAUGAACAAAGUGAUACAGUCAUCCUACAAGAUGGGCAGAUUAUACAAGCAGGACAGAUUAUUCAGUCGGGUGAAAUAAUACAAGAAGGGAGUCACAUUGUUGAAGAAAGUCAAAUUAUUCAAGAUGGAGGUCAGAUUAUUUUAGAGGAAAAUCAGAUUAUACAAGGUGACCAUAUUAUUCAGGAAGGUGGACAUAUUAUUCAAGAAGACGGUCAGAUCAUUGAAGGUCAGAUAAUUCAAGAAGGAGGUCAGAUUAUUAACGAAGAUGGUCAGAUUAUCGAAGGUCAGAUUAUGCAAGAAGGUGACCAGAUUAUUCAAGAGGAGGACCAGAUUAUUCAAGAAGAAGGUCAUAUAAUUGAAGGACAGCAGAUAAUACAGAGAGGAAUGGAAGAAGAUGAUGUCCAGCUACAUAUAUCAGAAGAGGGUCAAGGCCUAACCCUGUCUACCACAGACACAUUACAAACAGAGACGAUCAGCUCUGAAACUACAGAAGAGACACAGUUGAACCCUCCACCCCAGUUCCAGAACAUUAUCAUCCAGCACAUGGACAUAGCUGAACCACUGACCACAUUGAAAAGACUGCUGGAGUCUAAGCUACAGUGUUCACUGGAUGAGCAUCAGUUUUACCUGCAGGAUCAGUUAGAGCUAGAUGAGAGCAAGAACCUUGUGGAGCAGUGUGUGAAAGGAGAAGGAACAGUACAAGUCAAUGUAGAAGUCAAAUCACAGCCAGGUCAAAAGCCAAAGAUUAACAUAGUAGAUAUACUGAAGCCUGCAGAGGAGGAAGAAGUGCCUUCAUUAGGAGUUCAGGAACAAGUGGUCCAAGCUGCCCCUGCUCCAACUAAAGUCGUCAUCCCAUUCCCAGAAGAAGCCAACCAAGUGACACGAUGGAUCGUCGACCAAGCUUUCCGCAAAGAACAGGAACGACUUAAGAUACCAUUCGACCCCUCACUGUGGAACCGCACCCAUGUGAGGCACUGGAUCCAGUGGGCUCAACAAGAGUUUUCAUUGGUUGGUGUGGAUUCUGAGAACUUCAACAUUACUGGGAAACAACUAGUAUCCAUGGACCACGCAACUUUUACAAAGAUGGUACCAGUAGAUAAUGGGGACACUUUUUGGACACAUUUAGAACUGUUAAGGAAAUGUAAAUUUGUAGCUGUACUGCAGCAGCCUACUCCUAAUGCCAUCACUACAAUAACUGUAUCCACCUCAGAGGCUGAACUGCUGAAUGCUCAGAACCGUAAAUCAUUCCACAAACAUGUGGCCAAGAUGAGGGCACCACGUCUCACUGGAGAUGACAAGUUUGGCACUGCGGGAAACAGAACAGGAAACAAUGGUCAGAUCCAGCUGUGGCAGUUCUUAUUAGAACUUCUCACUGACAAGGAAUGUAGGGAGAUUAUACAUUGGAUAGGGGAGGAGGGUGAGUUUAAGUUGCUCAACCCAGAGAUGGUGGCCCAGCUAUGGGGACAGAGGAAGAAUAAACCAACCAUGAACUAUGAGAAACUAAGCAGAGCACUACGUUAUUAUUAUGAUGGUGAUAUGAUUGCUAAGGUGCACGGAAAGAGAUUUGUCUACAAGUUUAUCUGUGACCUUAGGAUGUUGCUUGGUUAUUCUGCGGGUGAGCUCGCCAAACUUGUCGAGGAAUCUGCCCAGAAGAAACUUGCUGAAGUACGGGAACACAUACGACCAGGCAUGUCAACCAUACGACGUCAACUUGUGUCUGGAGUUGGCUUAGUGACAUCUUGAUACCAGUGACAUCUUUAUGAAUUGUGUAAAUAUUUGAAUGCAGGAAGAAAAUUGUCAUAAAAGAUCAUAUACAUUUAUUUUGUGUGAGAUGUGCUUGACAACAGUAUGCCAUUCUAAGGAUGUAUGCCAACAGUAUUAUGCCACUCUGGAGAUGAGAUGAAGGUCAUACAACCAACUGGAAAAAUGAAUUCUUAUUUUUUUAAGGAAAGAAGUUGCUGCACCACAGACACUGUACAUAUGGGUGUAUAUUAUAUUAUAGAUGAUCUGA